UGAUUACUGAAGAUUUUCCGACCGAACAUGAUUAAUAACCAACUUCCUCCACCUAGGCAGAGUGCUAUUAAAACGUGUCUCGCAGUCUGGUCUUGAAUUGUUCACACUUCCGUAGACUGCACCGGCCAAACAAUGGCGACACAAAUCACGCCCACUAUUUCCAUUCCCCCAGCCAAGCCCCAUGGGUUGUCGGAUGUCACGGCUGCAGAACGUAGCUCGGCAAUCGAUUUCGUAAACCGGAACAAUUUCAUCAUGGAGCAAUUUCAGAUCGAUGAACUUCUUUCUCAAGGCACGGAGGACGUCACCUUGAGGCACUGGCACGGAACAAUCAAUGGCACUGAUGAGAUGAGAAACUUUUUCAGUACGACCUACCCGUACAUUAUCCCGGGAGUCAGUCGCCACGCUACCAAUCACAUUGUUGACCGCGACGAAGAGACAGGUGGCGUCUCUGUUCGAUAUCAUCAGCAGUGCAUACGUUAUGCCUGGCCGAACGUUUUCAAGAGCCAGCUUAAAGGGAAGGAUUCUUCUUUCAUCGAGGUGGACGGGGGCUUGCCCCAGACUUGGAUAUACAACAUCAUGUAUGAUCGGCUAGUUAUGACAAAGACGGGAUGGAAGCUUAGAGAGAGAGUCCUUGGACCGGCUGUUGUAAAUCCUCGCAUGGACCCAAAGAACGAGCCCAAGCCAUAAUCUGCUCAAGAGCUACAUACCACAUCAAUUUAGCCCUUAAUCUAUUCUCUUAAUCGCUCAUUUGAUCGCUUCUCGCUUGCUGAUGUUAUUGGGAUACGAAAUCUGCGCGACAUCACUUAGGGAGAUAGUGAUAAGAGGGAAAUAGCAGGCCUUGAGAGAUUGAU